AGAUCUAAGCUUCAACAGGCUUGAAGGACCGAUCCCGAAUCUGGAUGUCCUGAAAAAGCUGGAGCUCUUGUACCUGACAAGCAAUAAACUUACUGGGCCAAUUGAAGAUUGGAUCAGAAGUAGAAAUUCCAAACCGGCAGACCUAUCUUACAACAACUUCAAUGAGAGUUCUGUGCCAACUACUUGUACGGAAAACCUAAACUUGUUCAGAAGCUAUAACGCAACAAAAAAGUCAGAACUCGGGAAAUGCUUGUCAAGUAAUCCUUGUUCAAAGAAUUGGGACUCAGUGCACAUAAAUUGUGGUGGUGAGAGUGUGACAAUAGGGGACACCACUUAUGAAGCAGAUGAAAAUUCAGCAGGUGCUGCAAAAUUCUUUUACUGGAAAGAGAGCUGGGGAGCCAGCAAUACUGGAUACUUCUGGGGAACCAACUAUGCUGAAGCCAGCAAUUACUACAAAGCGACUAAUGUAUCUGCCAUUAAGGGAGAUGACGCUGAUCUGUAUACGACAGCUCGGCUCUCAGCUUUAUCUCUAACUUACUAUGGACGUUGUUUAGCAAAUGGAAACUACACUGUGACACUGCACUUUGCAGAGAUUGUUAUAAGAGAUAACCGAUCUUUCCGAAGUCUUGGAAAACGGAUGUUUGAUAUCUACAUUCAGGGCGAGAGGAAGCUCAGAGAUUUUGAUAUUAGAAGUUUAGCUGGAGAAGUUGAUAAAGCUUUGAUAAGAAAGUUCAAUGCAGUUGUAGAAGAUGGCAUUCUGGAAGUGCGCUUUCUGUAUGCUGGGAAAGGAACAACAGCUGUCCCUAGAAGAGGAAGCUAUGGCCCUUUAAUUUCUGCCAUCUCUUUUGAAUCUAAUAGCAAGCCCUCUGCUAAUCACAAAAAGAUAGUUCACAUCAUAGCUGGAGCAGUGACGGCCUCGUUAAUUCUCAUUUUCGCGAUAUUGUUUGUUUCAUGGAGGAGAAGCAGAAACAGGAUAUCAAAGGAAGCAGAAUUAAGAGGAUUAGAUCUACUGACUGGUGUAUUUACCAUCAGACAAAUCAAAGCUGCCACAGACAAUUUUGAUGCUGCAAAUAAGAUCGGGGAAGGUGGUUUUGGUUCUGUCUACAAGGGUACACUAUUGGAUGGUAAAGUUAUUGCUGUUAAGCAGCUUUCAUCCAAAUCAAAGCAAGGGAACCGUGAGUUUGUAAAUGAGAUAGGUAUGAUCUCUGGCUUACAGCACCCAAAUCUCGUCAAACUAUACGGAUGUUGUGCUGAGGGAAAUCAACUGCUACUGGUGUAUGAGUACUUGGAGAACAAUAACCUUGCCCGUGCUUUAUUUGGUCCAGAAGAGCAUCGGCUCAAUAUAGAUUGGCCAACCAGGCAAAAGAUCUGCAUUGGGAUAGCAAAAGGCUUAGCUUUCCUACACGAAGAAUCGUCAUUAAAAAUUGUUCAUAGGGACAUCAAAGCAACGAAUGUUCUUCUCGACAAGAAGCUAAACCCGAAGAUUUCUGACUUUGGUCUGGCCAAACUUGACGAUGAGGAUAACACACAUAUCAGCACUAGAGUUGCUGGAACCAUAGGAUAUAUGGCACCUGAAUAUGCACUAUGGGGAUACUUGACCUACAAAGCAGAUGUCUACAGCUUUGGAGUUGUUGCGUUAGAGAUUGCUGCUGGGAAGAGCAUUAUGACAUAUCGCCCCAAUGAGAAAUUUGUCUGCCUUCUAGAUUGGGUAAGGAAUCAUAAUCCCUGAUAUUAAUUCCUAAGUUGCACACUAUUGAACUAGUAUCUUGCAUUUUAU